GGCAACUUUAACACUAUCGUCAUGCCUUUGUGGUUCAUCAUUACGACGCCGGCAAGUGAGACACACGAAUAUAAUAUCGCCUCAACAGCAACCGGACAACAACUCAUUGAUCUGGUCUGCAAUAAGCUUGGUAUCGGGGAGAAAGAUGGUCGGAUGUUUGGUCUCACUCGCAGUUGGUGUCACUGUAAUUCAAUCAAGUGGGUUGACAACAUGGAUGACCCUAUUGUGAAGCAGUUGCCUGACAGGAGAAUGUCCAUGCAUCCAAUAGAGUUACAGCUUCGAAUUCGAUAUUUUGUCAAAGCAGAGGAGAUAGAACGACUCCAGACAAAAAAGUACGCAUGUUGUGAAGCAUGUUACCGAUUGGCUAGCCGAGUCAUUAAAGCCCAAACGGCAGUUCGAAUGUACUACCUUCUCUACAAAAUUCGAACCAUACUAGAAUGGAAUGCCCUCCAAUACAUCGAGCGACACUGGAAAUCGUAUGCCCGAAAAAGACUGUCCGAUAGCUCAAUGCUUAAGACCAUCCACGCUCUAAAAGCAGACAUAGUCAAUCCCUCAGCAUCUCGGCUGAUGGACGUGUUUCUUCGUGAAGCAGACAACUUGGAGUGCUUAUCUGCAUACGAGUUUAUUGGUAUCGCCGACAGUGGUAAGCACACGGCGAUUCUAGUCAAACAGAAAUCGAUCAGCAUCUGUGCUAUUCAGGAAGACGGACAAUUUGUGAAGACAGAAGAGGUUCCAUUUGAGAACGUCGACUUCAAGCAAUUCUACCCAAACGCCGGCAGCCGAAUGAUCCAAAUCAACACAGCCAAUCAAUCAGUAAUCCAGCUACAGACAACGUGUCAUCACCGAGCAUUCACCUUUUGUCAAAUCGUGCACGACCAGUGCAGAUAUUUCAUCGGACCGGACGCUGGUCCAAUGCCACCACAAUGCAACACAACAAACUACAAACUGAGAAGCUGGAUCAGACGAGCGUUCAAAAACAGAUGCAACGAAAAACGAGAUGAAAUACCAAUUUGCAUCAGACAAACCAACGAAGAGAACGCUACUGCUUCAUGCAGUGCAGUGGAGCAACAGACGUCAUUAGCGUUGGUGUCGUUACCACCGACGACGCUUCAGAGAAAGACAGAGACGUCCGAGAGCAGGAAAGUAGCAAACGGCAACGCUAAACUAGUCGCUACCCUCCGAGCCAAAACCAAACAAGUACAACACACUCAACAGUGUCAACACUGUCGUGACGAACAGGUACAAGUCGCGUUCUAUCCGUGUGGACACGCCAUCUACUGUAAGAGAUGCGCCGCACGAGAAACCAAGUGUUCUGUGUGUAUGGUCCAGAUCAAGUCAAAUCUCCAAAUCUAUUGGUCUUAGAAAAGUAGCUAUCGUAUUGAGACUACAGCAUUUUGGUAAUCAGUGACUCUACUAUGGAAUGUAUCUCAGUUGGUGAAAGU